UGUGAUGAAGUCACUUCCUACUGAUUUGGUGAGGAGCAGAAACACUCUGCUGUAUCAUGUCGUCUUAGUUAGGCUCCACAGACGUUACCCGGUACAGUAACCAUCAUGUUUGGGUAUAAAUGUUCUCGCUUCGAGCCUCUGAAGCUGGCUCUGUGGUUCGCGGCCUUUCUAGGCUGUUUGUUGGUUCGGUCCGGAACGACGGAGAACAACAGCCCGUGGUACCAGGACCUCUGCAGAUAUAAAUGGGAGGCAAUAGAUCAAGAUAAUAAAGUGAGAUAUACACUAAAGCUCUGUGACUCUUCACCACCAACCAGCUGUGGAGCUGACACUGCCAUGUGUUUACGAAACCUCACAACCAACAAAGAGCAGUCUGUUGGUGACCUUUCGCUGCAGAAGCUCUCUGACACUGUGCUGGAUUUCAACAGCACGCAAACUUGUCCUGGAAGCAACAACAAGAUUCAGACCAGCAUCAGCUUCCAGUGUGGGAAAACCAUGGGGACUCCAGAGUUUGUGACCGUGUCUCAGUGCGUGCAUUACUUUGAGUGGAAGACCUACGCUGCCUGCAAGAAAGACAAAUUCAAGCCACAUAAAGAGGUGCCCUGCUACGUGUUUGACUCUGAUGGGAGGAAGCAUGACCUCAGUCCUCUGAUAAAACUGAAAGAUGGCUAUCUAGUGGACGACGGCGAAGACAGCAUAGACUUCUACAUCAACAUCUGCCGCAGUCUCAACCUUCCAGACAAAGGCUGUACAGAGGGCUCUGCAGCCUGCCUCGUCACACAAGAUGGCUCAUACAACAUGGGUUUUCCUACCCAGCAGCUAGAGCUAAUGACUGAUGACAGCUUGAGUUUACAGUAUUCUUUAAGUGACGACUCGAAUCCUCCAGCAAUCUGUGGAUCAAGCAAACCAGCAGUCAACAUCACCUUCAGAUGCCCAUCAAGCAGGCAUUUGAGCAGCCCUCCUACGAUGAUAGCUAAGCCAAACUGCCAUUACGAGGUGGAGUGGGUCACUGAAUACGCUUGUCACAGAGACUAUCUGGAGAGCCAUACCUGCAAACUGACCAGCGAACAGCAUGACAUCUCCAUAGACCUAACUCCUCUCACUUUAGCCUCUUCGGAUCAUCCAUACUAUACACAGUCUGGGCCCAGUGGCACACCUGACAGCUACAUCUACUACCUGAACAUAUGUGGUAGGGUUCCCACUCAGGAAUGUGGUGACGGGCCGUUCAUAUCAUCCUGCCAGGUGAAGAAUGGCGAAGGAAGGAAGAUUGUGGCUGGACAAUAUCAGAACCAGACAUUACGUUAUUCAGAUGGAGAUCUGACUCUGAUCUAUCCAGAUGGCCUCAAAUGCUCCUCUGGCUUUGAGAGAAUGACCAUCAUCAACUUUCAGUGCAACAAGACUGCUUCCCACGGCGGGCGAGGGAAUCCAGUGUUUGCUGGGGAAACCGACUGCACUUAUUAUUUUAACUGGGAUACGGCGUUUGCCUGCGUCAAAGAGAAGGAGGAUCUGUUAUGUCGGGUCACAGAUGGCAACAAGCGUUAUGACCUUUCACCCCUCACAAGAUACCCAGAGUCAGAGGGCAGUGAGAACUGGGAGGUGGUGGAUGAUAAAUCGUCAAAGGCAGACUCGCGUUACUACCUGAAUGUUUGCCACAAAGUCAUCCCUACAGGAAGGGCAGCUGGUUGUCCAGUGGAUGCCGCCAUGUGUGCCGUGGAUAAGAAUAACAGAACUAUCAGCCUGGGAAGCUUCCUCUCUUCUCCCCAGAAAACCAGAACUGGAAACGACAUCAGGCUGGUGUAUACUGAUGGAAGUUUUUGCACCCAAAACAAGACAAGGAUCAAAACUAUCCUGACUCUCAAGUGCAAACCAGGAGAUCUCGAUAGUGCUCCUGUCCUUCUUGGCGUCUCAUCUGAUGAGUGUGUUUAUGAGUUGGAGUGGUACACAGCCGCCGCCUGCGUCCUCUCGAAGACGCAGGGAGACAACUGCAAGGUGGAGGACCCUCAAGCUGGCUUCUCUUUCGACUUGUCGCCUCUCUCCAAGCCUCAUGGUGGUUUUUACAACCUGACUAAAGGCAUCUAUCAGUAUUACAUCAACGUCUGUGGUCCAGUCAGUGUUUCGUCGUGUCCUGAGAAGGCCGGCGCAUGCCAGGUGGAAAAGAAUUCUUGGAGUCUUGGGGAACAGAACUCCCGUCUGUCGUACUACGAUGGGCUGAUUCAGCUGAACUACAGUAACGGCACCCCAUACAACAACGAAGAGCACACUCCCAGAUCUACGCUCAUCUCUUUCCUCUGUGACCCACAAAUUGGACCAGGAAACCCAGAAUUCCAGAUAGAAGACAAGUACACGUACAACUUCCGCUGGUAUACCUCCUACGCGUGCCCUGAAAGACCCCAUGAGUGUUUGGUGACCGAUCCAGACACACUGGAACAGUAUGACUUAUCCAGCCUGUCACACACCACCUCCAACUGGCAGGUGAUGGACUUAUCCGACAGCAAUAAUCUGAAGAAGUAUUACAUCAACGUAUGCCGCCCCAUCAGCCCUGUACAUGGCUGCGACCGCGAUGCAUCCAUCUGCGAGAUGAAAUAUGUAACCAAGCAGGGCUCUGUAGAGGAGGAGGUGUCAGUCAGUAACAUGGGCAUUUCAAAGCGAGGGCCGAUCAUCGAAGCACGGGACCGCCUUAUGCUGGAGUUCACAGAUGGCUCUGCCUGUGAUUCGGACGGUCAGAAACUCUCGUAUACAACGCGCAUUCACCUGGUCUGCUCCAGAGGGACUCUCGUUAAGGGACCGCGAUUCCUGAUGUACCAGAACUGCACUGCCACCUUUAUGUGGGAGACCAAUGCAGCCUGUGCCAUCAGAACCAUCACAAACAAUACAUGUGCUGUGGUGGACCCCAACACUGGCUUUGAGUACAACCUAACGCCUUUGGCUUCCAAGACCGGAUACAAUACAAGUGGGAAUGGCAAGAAAUUCCUGGUAAACAUCUGCUCAGAUGUAGCUGAAUGUGGUCAGGGAAUGGCUGGCUGUGAGCUGGAGAACGAGCACCCCAUCAGCCCUGUGGGGGAGGAGAAGACCCUCCAGUAUUCAACUGACGGCAUCCUCCAACUAACAUACAGGGGACCUGUUGACGUUCCAACAGCAACUCGGGACACCUUCCGGAUUAAUUUUGUGUGUGAUCCAAAGUCUUACCCUGGAUCCUUAAAACUGGUGCGAGAGGACAUGAGUACUUCCCCUAAGCAUGUGGUCCAUGACGUCCUCUUUGAGUUCUCCACCGCUUUGGCCUGCAUGCCUGCUCCAGUUGACUGCAGGAUCACAGAUUUGCAUGGUAAUGAGUAUGACCUGAGUCACCUGAUCCGGGAUGAAGAUGACUACCCAUGGAAUCCCAUAAACACAGAUUCAGGCACAUCAAGAAGGUUUUAUAUCAACGUCUGCAAACCCCUCCCACGUGUAGAUGAGUGUCCAGUGGGCUUUUUGGGAUCCUGCGUUGUCAUUGAUGGCAAAGGAUACAACCUGGGAUACAUCCAGUCCAGCCCACAGGCAGCAGAAGAUGGCUCCAUCAGCGUGGUGUACCAGAAUGGAGACAAAUGCGGGUCUUCGUCCCAGUACUCAACUCGCAUCAUCUUUCAGUGUGAUGAAAACCCGGGCUCUCCCAUGUUUGACCGUAUAGAUGGUUGUGAAUAUGUCUUCAUCUGGCGAACGUCCGAGGCCUGCCCUAUCAGGAAGUCACAAGGUACUGACUGUCGAGUUCGUGACCCUAAGAGUGGCUAUGAAUUUGAUCUGAGCUCUCUGAAGGGUAGAGAUUACUUCCUAAAUGCUGCCAAGUACACUUACUAUCUUUCAAUUUGCGGCGGACUCCAAAAAGAUGUUUGCACCCACAAAAAGACAGGUGAAACUGUCUCCUCCUGCCAAGUUGCCGGAGGAAAACAUAAGAUCGCAGGAAUGGCAAACCAGGUGCUAACUUAUGUUGGAGACCAGAUCAUCCUGAACUACACCAGUGGAGAGAUCUGCCAUAAAGUUUAUGAGAGGUCUACCAAUAUCUACUUCUCCUGCAACCCUGACAGGAAUCCUGGAGAACCGGAGUAUAUUAGGGAGACUCCAGACUGCACCUAUUUGUUCAACUGGCCCACUGCACUGGCCUGUGUCCCAGUCAAGACCACCAGCUGCUCUUACAAUGAUGAUCAGGGUCGCUCGUACGACCUCUCACCUCUGGCUAUGGACUCUGGGAACUGGGAGGCGGAACUUCCCACUGGGGACACGAAUAAACAGUAUUACAUUAACGUCUGUAGGUCGCUGGUGAAGCAGAAAGACCCAUGGAAGUGUCCCUCCACUGCAGCGUCAUGCCUGAAGGUUGGAGAUGAAUAUUGGAGUCUGGGUCAGGUCCAUUCUGGUCCUACUUGGGACGGAAAUGUCCUAAUGCUGCAGUACACCAGCGGCCAGGCUUGUUCAGAUGGAAGCCGCAACAGGACCAGUAUUAUCCGCUUCCAGUGUGACAAAAACAAAGUGAACUCUCGGCCUACUCUGAUCUCUGACAUUGAAGACUGUGUGUACACCUUCAUGUGGAAAACAGCUGCUGCCUGCCCUCUAAAUAGUGUCCAGCAUGACAACUGCAGAGUCACCAACCCUGCUACAGGUCAUUUAUUUGACCUGAACCCCUUGAAGAAGAAUGAGGGUUACACUGUGCACCAUCAUAAGGACCAGAAGAUGGUGUUCCGCAUGAACAUCUGUGGAUCUGUGGCCAACACUGGUUGCAGCCCUGACACUGCUGUGUGCAUUAAGGAAGGCAGUGAUGUGGUCAGUGGUGGUAAGGUGAGCAAUAAGCUCUCAUACAAGGACCAUGUUCUGGAGCUCACCUAUGAAGAAGGAAGUCCAUGCCCUGCAAACCGUAGCCUCACCCACAGCACCGUCAUCAGCUUCAUCUGCAGGCCAGCUAGCAUGAGCUCAGCCCCCUCAGAGCCAGUGCUGAUUGGCUCAAACACUGAAAUGUGCACGCACUUCUUCGCUUUCCACACACCGUUGGUUUGUGAGCAGCCUGUAACUUGUUCAGUCCAGAACGGCUCUGCUCUCAUAGACCUGACUCCUCUGAUUCAUGUCAGCGGAUACUACACAGCAACAGAUGACGACAUUGACCCGGAUAACCCAGACUUCUACGUCAACAUCUGCCAGCCUCUAAACCCCAUCCCUGGGGUCAACUGCCCACCUGGAGCCGCUGUCUGCAUGGAUCCAAAUGACGGACCACCUGUGGAAAUUGGUCGCACCACCCGUGGUCCAGAGCUCAACAAAUUAACAAGGGAGGUAUCCAUCACCUACAACAGCUCAACAAAGUGUGCUUUGGACCCUCUACAGAACUACACUUCAACCAUUGUCUUUACCUGCCGGAGAGGCCUCGAGCUGGGCUCUCCGCAAAUGCUGAGGCUGCAGGGCUGCAUCUAUUUCUUUGAGUGGCCAACCCCGAUAGUCUGUUCAGAUGCCACUAACAUCAGCGGCUGCCAGCUUACUGACUCUCAGCUCCAGUUUACAUUUGACCUGUCAAACCUCUCCAAGGAAGUCCAGGUAAACGGGAACUCGGGUACGUAUCACAUCAAAGUCUGCGGCUCAGUGGAAGUACCGGCCUGUGAGCAGAGUGCAGUGUGCCACGUUUCUGGUUCAGACAAGUUGGGGUCAUCAUUUGGCAUCAGUAAAGCCAUGACAAUGGACUUCAAACACGAAGAGCAGGCUGUGCUGAUGCAGUAUGGUGGAGGAGAUCCCUGCGCACUAGCCUCGGCUAAGCAUCAGUCCUCCAUAUUGUUUACAUGCGACCAUUCUGUAGGAAGUGGUUCUCCAGAGCUGCUCUCAGAGACAGCAGGCUGUACAGUCACUUUCCAGUGGCGCACCAAUGCAGUUUGUACCCCAAGGAAGAUGGAGUGUAAGCUCGUCAGCCAGCAUAAGACCUUUGACCUCCGAGCACUUUCCUCCCUCACUGAGCCGUGGAAGUUCAGCUACAAAGGAGAUUCGUAUUUCAUCAACCUGUGUCAGGGUAUCCGUGGUGGACUGCCAGGCUGUCCUGAAGAUGCAGCCGUAUGCCGCCGCACAGCAGCAGGAAAAACCGAAGUCCUGGGCCGAGUUUACACGCAGAAAAUGGAGUCCAGUGGUGGGAAGAUUUUUGUGAACUAUUCAGCAGGAGAUGAAUUAUGCCCUAAACGCCAGAAAGCCAAGACCAUAAUCCAGCUGAGCUGCGGCUCCACAGUGGGACACCCCAAAGUUAUCAGGGUUGAUGAGGGUUCAUGUGAGUUCUUGAUAGGCUGGGAGACUCUGGAAGCUUGUGCAGUGAAACCAACGGAGGUACAGAUGGUAAAUGGAACCAUAAAGGUUCCUAAAACUGGAGUCAGCUUCAGUCUGGGAGCACUCUACUUCAGCCACCAUCAGGCGUCUGGAGACAUUCGUAACAAUGGCGACCGCUACAUCUACCACAUCCAGUUGUCUGGUAUCACCAAUAAAUCCCUGCCUAAAUGUCUUGGUGCCAACAUCUGCCAGGUGAAACAGAAUGACACCUACAGCCGCAAGAUUGGCUCAUCCAACAAAGCCAAGUACUACAUAAAAGGAGGAAAUGUGGAUGUGAUAGUGCCUUCUGAGUCAGAGUGUGGCCGCGCGAAGAACAAAACGGUUUCAUCCACAAUAAGGUUUCACUGUAACCCGUCAGCAGGUGUCGGCAUCCCAGAGUUUAUGCUGGAGACGGACAAUUGCCAGUAUCUGUUUGUGUGGCACACAAACGCUGUGUGUGAUCUGACGACUGUUGACAGGCAGAUAAAUGAUGACGGUGAAGACACUCCGCCUCUGUCUAGGCGGAGCCAAGCAAUGGGGGUGGUGCUGAGCCUCCUGUUGGUGGUUCUAAUUGUGUGUCUGAUGGGGCUUCUGCUGCACAAGAGAGAGAGGAGGGAACUGGUGAGGCAGAAGAUCGCUGGUUGUUGUAGGAGAGGAAACCAAGUCUCCUAUAAAUAUUCCAAGGUCAGCACAGAUGAAGGAGGAGAGGAGGAGAUGGAAUGGCUGAUGGAGGAGAUCGAUGCUCCUCCCACAUCUUCAUCGUCUUUGCACCGUGGCAAGAAUAACCAAAGCAACGGUCACAUCACGACCAAGCCUGUGAAUACAGAGGGUCUGCGGUCAUUCUCGCUGGACGAUCAGGAUGACGACAGCGAGGACGAGGUGCUGAGUGUCCCCGGGGUACGUGUGAUAAAAUCGUCAGGACUCGCUAAGCACUCUACGGCUCAUCGCAGCGCCUUCUUGCAAGAGGAGAGCGACGAGGACCUGGUGGGCCUCCUGGACGAGUCAGAUAGGAAAAGGAAGAGCAGCAAACCUCGCUCUUCUGGCCUUAACCACGGUAACAACACGGCAGCGAACAAGAAACGGGAAGAAGACGACAGUGACGAGGACCUCCUCAGGGUGUGAUGUCACUCUGUCCUUCCUGGUUCUCUCCAUCCAAUCCGAACUCUUCUCUCUCAGUGAAUGUCUCCAUAAUAGCAACAGUGAAAUGCCAACAACACACCGAAGACAGAAACCUUUCCUUUCUUUAGGGAUAUAUUUUUAUUGGGCUGCACCUUCAUUCGGCCUACACCGACUCAGUCCAGUUCACCGUCCACAUAUAAUUUUUAUUUGACAGCUCAUUUAAAGUGUUCUUAAGGUUCUUUUGAACUCCACCAUAUUGUCUUUCAUAAUCCCGAUACUUCAGCCUUGCCACAUUUGUCUGAUGAAGAACGAACAGGCCAGCUCUUAAAAUCGACUCUGGGAGCACACAAAGCUUCUUUCUAAUGUGAUUUCCAGCUUGAUGUGUCAACUAGACAUGUCACCAUAACCAUAUGCACCAAACAGUAAACAAUGAUACCACAACACUAUCAUUACAAGAAGGGAAAAUCUGAUAUCAUCACUGAAAUGAGGCAUGAUAAGAUGUGAAUGAAAAUUAAGUUAUAUAUGUAUCUUCUAUUUUCUUCUGGUGUUUUGAACUGAAGCUGUUUUCCUACCUUGAUUAAUGGUACUAACACUGGCUGUGUGUCUGCUUGUGGACUGUGUGAAGGUACUUAAUAAGGAAGACUUUUUUUUUCCUGUUUGGAGUUGUUUCUUUGCUCUCCAUUGGCCCGCAGGUACUUUAUGAAAAAACUGUCAUGAGAUUUAUUCCCAUAGCUUAGGCAGUGAAGGUGCCAGCUUCUUUCUAAAAAGGGAAUGAAGACACCAGUUUGUUUUCGUGCUAUUUACAGUUGCUUUUAUAGCAGACCCGUUUUUCCCCUUAUUUGCCCUCGAAAAGAAAGCACGAUGCCUUCAUACUGAUGAAUUUACUUUGCAUUUUCAUCUAUGAAUCAUGUCCAGCAACGGAUUGAAUUUCUUUGAUUGUCUUGAUUUGAUCAGAGACGUUGUAAAUAGAUGAUAAUGUUCUAUAAUAUGGACGUUUCGUUUAUAGUCUUCACCGGUGAAUUGUUCACAUGUUUGUUUUGGUGAUUAUUUAACGGCUCGUCCGAGCUGAUUACGUUUGUUUCUCUGUUCUGUGUGAAAAUGGAGAUGGCCUUAAGUAUGAAUGGAUGGUUGAAGAAAGUUGAAAGUGAAACUGGAGGCGUUCCUUUGGAUUGAUUUGGUCCCCUCCCGUCCUGUUAAAGCCAUAUUUCUACUGCCACCCUUGGCACUAAUGUAGGGAAAUCGAUUCUUUUUUUUUUUCUUUUUCUUGCUCGUGUGCUCUUGUACUUUACAGGCUCGGUUGUUGUACUCAGAUCUGAUUGCUGCGUGAAAAGUGAAGCCAACUUUUCGUAGUGCUGAAAUCCGCCCUGUUCAGCCAAAUGCAUGAUGCAAAAGAUGGUAGUGAAACUAAAAUGCAGGAUGUUUUGCUUUUUCACAGAGGAUGUCAGUAAUAAUGGAAACCUACUUUAUGCCAUAUUUCCACAUGAGAGUAAUUAAAUCUGUAAGCUUGCACAGUGUAAACACAGCAUGAUUGAGAUUGAUUUUUCUACAACAGUUAGAGCUCAGACCGGGUGAUUUUACAAAACAAACGCACCUCAAAUACGGUGAUUUUAUGGACACAUGAUCAUCACAAAAACAAUUAGGUUGGAUUAUUCUGUUUUCACUUCACUCUUCUUUCUGAUGUGCAGAGCAGCUGAAAACCAAUAAAAUAGCUGCUGUUAAUCUCAAUUUUCUCCAGUUAAUUGGUUUAGAGAAAAGUAGCACACCCUCAUAAAGGAAGGUGGACUUUUUGAAAAUCGUUUAAAAAAACAAAAAAAAACAAACUGAAAGUCUAUUUUGUAGGUUUCCACUAAUUAAUCAGAUUUGGUUGGUUGGUCAAAUUGACUGAACUUUGCAAACUCCCUGAAGACAUCAAGUCUAAAGAUUUAGCCUAAUUACUGCUAACAGGGAGGCACAUUUAAAGCUAAAACGAUUUUUUAAUUAAAAUAAUCUGUACUAUUCUUUGGUUUUGACUCCUCUACUAUAAACAACUGUUUGCUUUCACUGGCAAUAAUAAGUUUUGAGUUUCAGCCUUGUAAUUGGAACAAAAAAUAUAUCUGAAAACUGUGUUGCUGCUUGUAUAACCAGGAAGGGGUGAGCUGCAGCCCUUGGUAGCAUAAAUCUUUAUCUCUGUACAUCAGUAAUAACUUCUCAUUUUCUCCAACUGGGGAAAGGAGGUGAACAAUCCCGAGCUUAAUUAAAUCACUUUGCAGUGCAUUUGUUGACAUUUACUACCAUUAAAAAAAAACCGUGCCCUUGAUCGUAUAUUCAUCACAUUAGUUGCCGUUGCAUUGCUGGUGUAGAUUAAUAUUUGUGUUUUCUCAGUAUUCAAAUGUGAGUUUAUUGCUAAAACCUCAAUAACAAAGAUUUGCCAUUCAGGGUAUUUCUAAAGCUUUGUACACAUAAUUGUUAAGCGCGUUUUUGUAUGAUGCCACGUGCCCAAAAAAUACUGAUAAAAUAACGAGAAACAGCAUUUAAUAAAAUAAUUGUCAUUUACACUGUAAACUUCAGUGUACUUCACAGAAAGGAGUUCGAGGAGUGUUGUGAUAGCAAAGAGUAGAAACAGAUCGCACUCCUCCUUUUACUUUUUCUGUUUCUCUCUGAUUACAAACUGAACAUUUCCAAAGCAGCUUUUGACAUUUUAAAACUCUCUUAAUAAACUCUCUUAGCAUAUAAUCAUAUUAUUGUGCUACUGAUCUGAAAUUCUGAACAGUGCAAGUGUAUCUACCUUUAACAGCUUAAAGAAUGAGAGUACACGGCACAUGGUCAGGUUUCCAGAAACAUGACAAUGACAUUGGUAACAGGUGAAAUAUUUAUGAUCAGUAUUUAUCAUAAAAUAUGAUUGUAACGAAGACUUUUUAUAAACUUUCCUUUUACGUGUUCGUUCAUUCAGCGUGUGGUUUUGCUAUAUGAACUUGAGCUGUUCUUCUUAAAGUUUUUUUACCAGAAUCCUGACCCUGUUAGUCUGAGAGGUGAAUUGAAAGUGUCUGUGUUUGGCACUUUGUAGUCAUCUCUCCCGAGUCUCAACAUUGUAGCACUCCUCAUUUCAGAGUAGCAGGAGGUAAAGUUUGUGAAGUUAUUUGUUCAUUGUUGCAUUAAAUUUGUUUCUGCUUUGCACCAAAGUUCCCGUGGCUCAUCUGCAUGGUACUGUACUGAACCAUCUCUUUCUUGAAGUUAUUACUGGACAUUCUUGUGCUUUUUUUGUUUGUUUGUUUUUGUCCACAGUCGUGGAAACAUUUGGAUAUGAUGAAACAAAUUUAGUAUGUGAGACUGACAUCAAGCAGCAGACAAACCAACUGAAAAAAGAGGGAAAAAAAGCACAAGAAACUUUCUUCAAUGAUUUGGUACGAUGGGAUAUCAUCAUUAUGUUUUAGUUGAUGUAAGGUUAUGUUUGAUGUUUUCAGCUCUUUGCCUGUUUUCCUAUUUAAAAUAAAAAAUAUGUAAAAUAUUGCAUUAUUUGAAUAAAUAA